AGGGUAAAAAGAAUGAGUGGAAAACAGAGCCAAAGAAAGAGAAACAGGGCGCUGUUUUCUUUGUUUUCUCUCUAGUGCACACAUUCAUUCAUGCAUCAGCCCUGCUCCCCUCUUCCCAGGUGGAGGGACAAUGACGCUGGCUCUCUGACUAUCUCUUCUCAUUAUCAUUCCCCCUCCCCCUCCAUCCGUCUCCCACUACAGCUGGAUAAGCCAACCACUAACCGGCUCGAAUCUCCGUUACAGAGCAGGGAUUUGAAGAUUGCACCCUCACAUUUGUAAUCAGAUGUAGGAGAGGAUUAUCUCAAGGUCUCCUCCAUCUUGUGCACAGCCGGGGGCUGCUGAGACAAAGGAGAAAGAAAAGAGGAGGCUGUGGAGGAGAGCAAAGAGAGAUCUCAGGCAGCUCAGUGAAUGAUGUGGAGUUAAAGACAGAGAGGGAGGGAGAGGUCACCUGUGGAUGUGAAGAGGAGGGGGAGGAGGAUGAAGGCUUCCUAAGGAGCUGCACCCAUCACCCGAUUCAUCCGAAAGGGAAAGAGGGGAGUAUAGAACCUCAGCAGCAAGUAGAUCACUGUGAAAGGUCUUCCAUGGCAGAGGCCAGGCAACCUGUGUCGGAGCUGUACCAUCAAGGGGGAACUGUUUCCUUGGGAUCAACCCUCUCUGGUCAGUCUGUCUUUGAUGCCUCCACACUGGCAAUAAAACCCUCCAGACUGGCUGAAGGACCAGGUUACACCUGUCCGGAGGAGGUCAGGGAGGUUGUCAGUGAGAUCUGUACAGCAGCUCCUUCUACCAGAGAAACUAAUUGCAGCAGUCUGAGAGUCAGUGGAGAGCCUGGCGAACACGGACAAAGUGCAUCUAAACACUGUGUGCCCCCCAGGGUUUCAAGCCGCCCCCAUAGUCUAGCUGAGACAUAUACAGUCUCACAUCAUCACACGACAGUUAUGAAUGCAACCGAUGACGCCCCUCAGGCUGGCAGGACACUACAGAGUAUAAAGCCAGCCUCUCUGCCUGUUCACAGGAGUCACUCAGACACUUUACCUCUGCUUAAACAAGCAGGCCCCCCCCAGGCUCCAGACAGUGAGACCGGUGGACUUGAUUACCAUGGAAGAGAUAAGAGUAUCCAAGAGGCUGAGAAUCACUCCAUGUUAGCCUGCAAGCAACCCAUGCAGCUGCAGCAGUGUAACAUUGUCACCACUGUUUGCCGAGGGGUCAGCGGUGGAGAGAGUGGUGUGCAGCCGCCUCAAAGCAGGUGUGUCUGUAUGUCGUCCCCCAAGGCGGCAGUCAGAGUGGAGGGUGUUGAAGAAAAAGACCGUCUUCUUCCUAAAUGUGACAAGGCACUCUGUUAUGGCUCUUACAUUCAUCAUGCCAAUGUUGAAGACACAUUUGCUGCCUACUGCCAUCCCCAGCCCAUCCCAGCCCCCUCCCAGCUGCUGCCACGCCUGGCAGGCAUAGAGCCAAGCGACAUGCAGCGUGCGAUGGUGCCUCCUUCAGUAACGGACCACCUGACCCUGCCUCGCCUCAUCUCUUCUGUUAGUGAGACUGGCCUGGAUGCCAAACAUCUGCUGCGGUGCUGCAACCUCAACUACUCUUGGAUCAGCUCUCUGCCUCCUGGUGCUGGGCCACAAACUCAAAAACACUUCAGUGGAGAGGAGUGCUGCAGCAGUCCCAUUGGCCAUGUUAGAACCAUGACCCGGGACAUUGGGACUAUGACAGCCCACAGUGAGCUGAGGGAUGUUGGGGUACAGACAGGACAGACUGCCACACCUCAUGUGUUCCCCCAGAUCUGUGUGGCAGAGGAGAACAGAGGUGAGGCCUCCUGCAGCCAGACUCCAUCACUGACGAACACUGACAGUGAUGGAGGCAAGAAAUCAGGUGGUGCUCUUAAGUCCCCAGUGAAGGAGGUGAAGUGGGAUGCGGAAGGAAUGACAUGGGAGGUGUAUGGGGCGUCUGUGGAUCCUGAGGAGCUGGGUCUGGCCAUCCAGAGACACCUGGAGCUGCAGAUCAAGGAGACAGCGAGCCGUGCAGCCAAGCUGUCACGCCAGAAUACCAACACCUCCCGGCAGAGCGGGAACACCUCCUGUCAGAGAAAAAGGAGCAGAAUGAUAGGCUCCAUCCGAACCUGCUGCACUCGCACCACUACAGCUGUGGACUGACUAACUAGCUGACAGAUGGACAGGACAGUACCUGAAUACUGUGUUCAGUAGCCAGUAUGGCUACUCAUAGCCUCAGCCUCAAAUGUCACCCAUCUGAUCAGGUCUAUGGAAGAUAGAAUAAUCUGCAUACAGAAUGACCUGCAAUAGAAAAGCUUCAUGUGAAAUGAUGUCUUAUAAUUAAAGAUUAGAUUUAUUAUCAUGUACACUGAAAUCAAAAGAAAAAAUGCUGAAAAGGAAAUGAAUGCUAAACUAACCAGUGAUUUAUAUUCCAUCAUUUAUUGUUUAAAGUUCAAUAUUUCAACCAUUGAAAAUGUGAUUCUUGCAGCUGUUCACUGCCAGUGUUUUCAAAGGGCUGCUCCAUGUAGGUGGAUCUUCAUAAUAAAAUACUUACAGGGCACUGACACCGAAAAACAACAUCAGUGUACAGUGUAAAGCAAUCUGAUACAGUCCUGCACUAAAUAUGACUCUUGUAAAGCUUCUAAUGAAUGUGUGGGAUGGUGAAUAAAAUGUGAUGCUGUGAAAAAAUGUAAAUACAGUGUUGCCUCAACUCAACCCUAGCCCAGCAUAUAACCAACCUUAACCUACCCUUUAAACAGUAGCUAGGCCUAACCCCAAAUCUCAGUUUAACCUCCCACUGCAUUCUUGCUUCUCCUUCUCCUACCUCUCCCCCAGGAAGUAAUACUGGAAGACAAAAAAAAGUAGUGGACAGAUGAACUCACCUGUAUCUGACAAUGGAAACAGAUUGAUCAUGUCCUUUGGAAGGGAGUUCCAUACCUUGUGGACUGCAAAGUAAAUGUAUGUAUUGUGUGUUUUCAGACUAUGAAAACAAGAUGGCAGUCUGUUAUUGAGUGAGUGAUGGUCAUAUCUCAAUACUAACGUGUUUCUGUAUUUCCCAAGCAUGGUUUAAACUCUUGAAGCUACAGAUUCCGUACAUCUUCCUUUCCUGUAUAUUUAUCAUAGGUCUCAUUCAUGUUUUUGUUUUUUUCUUUUGCUUUUUUUUAGGUUUAGGAUGUGAUUGAAAUAAUAUAUUUUCUUCUUUUUUUGUAUGAGCAUAGAAAAAGGGCGUGAUCAAUCUUUUUUUUUACCAAAUAUACAGAGAGAUUAACAACACUGGAAAAUCUUCAGCCAUUUUAGACUGGAUUUUUGUGGGAGUAGAGCGUACACACAGCGACAAGCUAAGUUUGUUCAUCCAGUCCAGUAGAUAAUGAAGUAUCACAUGUUCCAUUCUUCUUUACUUCUAAUAUUGGCUGUGUUGGUAUUUGAAUUAUAUGUAAUUUUCUUCAAGUUAAGUUACUUUAUGUGUUAAAAUGUGCUCAAACUAUUUUUCAAAAAAAACAAGAAAAAUACUGGACUCAAAUUCAAUUUUCUUGGAAAAUUGAGUGCUUUAGAGACAUUUCAUGAUCACCUGUGAAAAUGGGACUCACUUUGGUCGCAUCAUUUCUGUGUAACAAUAAACAACAUAAACAGAAGUAUCAACAGUUGUAUGGUUGGCUGUGUUCAGUGAGUUAGGUGUGAUUCAGUCUGAUGGAAAAGCUAAUAAUCACCUGAGUAAAAAGAAUAAAUGAUACAGAAAUAAAUACUACACUUGAUACAUUGUUCAACUUGAUUUUUAAACAAGGUUUAUAUUUGUUUCCAUCCAUCCAUUAGCUACACAGCCUACCCUAGAAUCAUGGGCCAAAAGAUAGGAAGGACUGACCCACUCCUAGUUGACACUGGGUAAGAGCAGGAUCCAAGUGCAUUAAAUAAAUACACUAACAAUUCAUUUAUUUCACUCCCUUUCCUCAUUGCUUAUAAGUUAAUAUAAAUGAUAUUUAAACUUAUUUAACUCAUUGUACAGUAAUAUACUUAUAUAAUUUCAUCUUUUUCCUAUCUUAUAGCACAUUAGUACCAUUUCUCACUGCUCUGUGGAGGAUUAUUGAUUAUUGUGUUUAUUUGUUGUGAUUAUUGACAGCACAGGAGAGAAAUCUAUCAGAAAGGGCAGAUUCUUUAAACUGAUCACUUUCAAAUACCAUAGAAUUGUUGAUUUUCUUGUUUAAAUGUUGAUGUUGAAAUAAUCAUGUUUCACAGCUCUAUUGAGAUUAAAGACAUAUGCAUAUAGAUAAUAUAGACAUAGAUAUAUUCCACUUAACAUAGAAACCUUUCGUGGGUCAGUAUAAUCUUGGGCAGUUUUCCUGUAAACAUAUGAAAGCAACAGGUACAUGUGUCAGUGGUGGAUAUUUCACCCUGUUAAUGGUACAUCUGUAUUUUCCAUUCUACAGUCAUACAUAGAUGUCAUUAAAAAGGCAAAAUGGUCUAAAUGGAGGAUAACUGGUUUCAUCUGGUCUAAAUGUAUUACAUUUAACCUGGGUAUUGUAUUUUGUUACAUGAUUUUGAAGAGUGACUGUAUCUGCUUUUCACUCAGUCUAUAAUGCUAAUAUUGGAAUAUUAAAUGAAGUUCAUUACUUUUACCUGCAUAAUCAUACAACAUAUCUUAGCAAAUAUUGGGCAGAUUAGAAUGACAUCUGCUGUGAAUAUCCAGAGGAUGAUUCCUGGUGAUAUUGGUGGCCUGCUUAUUGUGUGAUUAACACCACUGUUAGGCCAUAAUUUCACAUUUUGGCACAGGAAAUAUUAAAAUCUAAUGGAUACAUGCCAUGAAGUUGCAUAGGCCAGUUUUGAGUGAUAUCUGAUUGAUGAACAUGAAUGGCAUAUACCAGUAGAGGAGAAUAUCAUCAGCCACUUUUCAGUCUCAGUGCUGAUGUAUUUUAAUGACCCCAUAGUCUUUCCACUAGCAUCAGGAAGAACUGAAACCACAUCUGUCUCCAAGACUACAUCACAAUCAGCUGCAGUGUUGGUCCAAUACGUGUUAGUGUUGUUAUUCUGGGAUAUAAUAUUUACACAGGUGAAUGUUAUUUAUGAUGAAACCAUAGAUCUAUGAAUACGCCCAGUAAAAGUAUUAUUGAAUGCAUCAUUGAAAACAUGAAAUAUUACUCAGUAGAACAUAUUUAUAGUCCAGGCCUUAAUCAACUCCACCGCCCACUUUAUUCUCACAUCUGAAUACCUGAUACAGAUGUAUCAGCUUAGAAGAUGUUUGGUGAAGUAACGGGAAAGUACAUAAUGUAGGUGGUAUAAAACACGUAAAUCACACUUUUUUGUAUGUUUUGAACAUUUAAGUGAAGUAAUUCAUUUUGCUUUUCAUCUUUACAGAUUUAUUCAGCAAAGACAAUAGAUCAGAUCAGAGCCACACAAAUGAGAUUCAUUAGUGGGAUUCAUUGCAGUGACUGAAACAGCGAUUAAACAAUGAAUAAAAUGUGAUUGUGUCUAGAGUGUCAUAUUCCCACUAUUAAACACAAGCUGAUAGUUAAAUGGAGAAUGAGACAGGAGACUGAAGACAGCAGCAUCCCUGCAACUGGAUGAAAAUCCAGUCAGAGAUUUUAUUGUAUGUUUCACCUUCAGUUACUCUGAAUGAUUCCAUGACAUUUUAAUUAGAAAAAAAGCAUAUAACCCAUAAAUUCAUUCCAGAGGUUGAGGUCAAGUUUAGGUUUAGGUUGUUUCUUAAGAACAUACAUUUAGUUUAUUUCCCAUGAAUUGUUUUCAUACAUUUUUAGUUCACCAUAUAUGACACUACAGUAUAUAUCAACAACUAACAUGUAUUGCUAUUUAAUGCUGACUUUAACUUGUGAAACUGACACUGAAUGUAUAUCAGUUUUCUUCAGUGAUUCCCAUCAAUUCAUAUUUCCUCUCUGUCUCUUGUGUGGUGUUGAAUUCACUUCUAGAGAAUAUAAAAAGUCAUCAACCCUGCUGUUGUCUUAGUUGAAUGUGAGGCUAUUUAAAACCAAGUGGAUUAUUCCCCUGAAGUUUAAAUGGACUGUGUGACAUUGUGAGAAGUUAAAUGAGAAGAUGUAGAUCAGUUUCUUCUCUGUAUGUCCAGUAUAGAAAUAAAUAGGUCAUGGAAGUGUUCAGCAUAGCUUAGCACAAUGACUGGAAGUAGCCUGCUCACCUAGCUCCAUCAAAGAAGAAUCAAUAUGUGUUAAUGGGGUUGCAGUUCUGACCAAAAUUGUACUACAACAAAACCUUAGUUGGUGGAUCUGUUUACUGGAUAUACAGAGAUGAAACUGGUCUUUUUAUCUGACAUUGUAUUUUUACUCUCUGAAUGCAAAAUAACAAAAGUUACCAUUACAGUGGACAACGCAAUGUUACAGUAGAGCAAUGCUGACAUCAAAUAUUUUCACUUUGUGUAGUCUCAAAUCCUUGUCAUAUAAUGUGUGAGUUCUUCUGUUCUUUCAUUCUUCUGUUCAUACUGUGACAUGAAGAACGUCUGUGAAAAUGAGCAGCUUGGCAGUGUUAAGCAAGGAGGGAUUUUUUUACUCUGUACUAUUCCUUCUCUGAUUCUCUGUGUGCUGCCUCAUACAUUACAACUGAAUUUGAGAAUAACUGCAUUAGUAACCACUGUUAAAGGCUCUCCAUAUUCAUAUAUCAGGUUUCAGACAAGAAUUAACACGGAAUGUCCACUUGUGUGUUUGUCAGUUGGGAGUGUUGUUAAAAUGUUGUUUUAAUUGUAUCAAAGAGGAAUCUGCCCAAAUCUUGAUGCCAGCAAUAAAAUCACAGAAACUC